AUGGGGGCCGGGGCACGUUGCGGGCGGGAACAGUUCUUCCUCCCCUCCCUUCUCCUCCUCCUUCUCUCCGGGCCCCCGUCCCCGCGCCCGGCGGGCGGGCAGCUGCGCUAUGCCGUGCCCGAGGAGCUGGAGCACGGAGCCUUUGUGGCCAACCUGGGCGAGGACCUGGGGCUUGACGUGUCCACACUGUCAGCGCGGAGGUUUCGCAUCGUGUCGAGGGCCGGGGCCAGGCAGCACCUGGAGGUGAACCUGGAGAACGGAAUCCUCUUCGUGAACGAGCGGAUUGACCGGGAGGAGGUGUGCGAGGCGGGGGGGACCUGUCUGCUCCACCUGCAGCUCCUCGUGGAGAGCCCGCUGGAGCUCUACCGCGUCGAGGUGGAGGUUCUGGAUAUCAAUGACCAUGCGCCCACCUUUCCCUGGCAAGAGUACGUGCUGGAGGUGGCCGAGUCCGCCGUGCUCGGCGCCCGUUUCCCGCUAGAGAGCGCCCAGGACCCUGACGUGGGCACCAAUUCGGUGCAUACCUACAGGCUCAGCCCCAACGGGUACUUCUCGCUGGAGGUGCAGACGCGCAGCGACGCCAGCAAGUUCGCAGAGCUGGUGCUGGAGCGUGCCCUGGACCGCGAGCAGCAGAGGGCACACCGGGUGCUGCUCACUGCGCUCGACGGCGGCGUCCCCGAGCGCUCGGGCACGGCUCACAUCCUCGUCACGGUGCUGGAUGCCAACGACAACGUGCCCGCCUUCGACCAGCCCUCCUACGGCGUCAGCCUCCCCGAGGACGCUCCUGCUGGCACCUUGGUCAUCCAGCUCAACGCCACCGACCUGGACGAGGGCCCCAAUGGGGAGGUGGAGUAUUCGUUCAGCGGGCACGCACCGCCGCGCGUCCGGGAGCUCUUCCACAUAGAGCCCCGCAGCGGGCAGGUGCUGCUUAAGGGUGCCCUGGACUACGAGCGGGCACAUCUCCACGAGCUCUACGUGCAAGCCAAGGACCGCGGGCCCUCGGCAGUGGCCGUGCACUGCCGGGUGCUUGUGCACCUCCUCGACGUGAACGACAAUGCCCCAGAGGUGACCCUCACCUCUGUGUCCACGCCUGUGCUAGAGGAUGCCCCACCGGGGACCGUCAUCGCCGUCAUCAGCGUCCUGGACCGGGACUCUGGGGACAACGGGCGCGUCAGCUGCGAGCUCAGCCCCGACCUGCCCUUCGAGCUCCGUUCCUCCUUCCGCAACUACUACACCCUGGUCACCACGCAGGCGCUGGACCGGGAGGCCGUGCCCGAGUACAACGUGAGCAUCACGGCGCGGGACAUGGGGUCCCCUGCCCUGCUGACCCGCAGCGCCCUCACCGUGCCGGUGUCGGACGUGAACGACAACGCCCCCCGCUUCCUCCAGCCCUCCUACAGCGUCUACGUGAUGGAGAACAACGCGCCGGGCGCCUCCAUCUGCUCCGUCAGCGCCCUGGACCCCGACUGCCAACAAAACGCCUACCUGUCCUACUCCAUCGCCGACGGGCACAUCCACGGCAUGCCCGUGGGCACCUACGUCUCGAUCAACUCGGACAGCGGGCAUAUGUACGCCCUGCGCUCCCUCGACUACGAGCAGAUCCGCAGCUUCCAGAUCCAGGUGCAGGCGCAGGACGCGGGAUUCCCCCCGCUCAGUGCUAACGUCACCGUCCACAUCUUCGUGCUGGACCAGAACGACAACGCUCCGGUCAUCGUUUCCCCCAUGCCGCGCAAUGGCUCGGUGGCCACCGAGCUGGUGCCGCGCUCGGCCAGGCCUGGCUACCUGGUGGGCACGGUGUCGGCAGUGGAUGCGGACGCGGGGCUCAAUUCCCGGCUCUCCUACCAGCUCCUGCAGGCCACUGACUUCACCCUGUUCAGCGUGGCACCAGAAACGGGUGAGCUGCGCACCCUCCGCUCCUUUCUGGAGCAGGAUGCCAGCCGGCAGCAGCUGGUGGUGCAGGUGCGGGACGGUGGGCAGCCAGCCCUCUCUGCCACCGUCUCCCUCCUGCUUUCCGUGGUGGAGACCCUGCCUCAGACUCUCUCCGACUUCAGCGAGUUCAGCCUCCCCCCGGAGGCUUCCUCAUCCUCACCGCUCACCCUCUACCUCCUUGUCUCCCUGGGUUCCAUCUCCUUCACCUUCCUCCUCGCCAUCCUCAUCCUUACGGCCAUUCGGUGCCGCGGAGAGCGACGCUCUCGCCAGGGUGACAGCUGCUCGCUGCCGCGCUGCCACUGCUGCCCGGGCUCCAGACCCUCCCCUGAUGGCCUGAAAACGUCCAACCUGACAGCGCAGCCCCUCACGGGGACCUCAGCUGCCACCUGCCUCGACGUGCCCGGGGGCGGCCCUCCAGGCUACUGCUACAAGGUCUGCCUGGGUCCUGAGUCUGCCCAGAGCGAUUUCAUGUUCCUCAAACCCUGCAGCCCCCCUCGGAACAACGAGAAGGACCCCGGGAAGCAGUCCCAGCCAGGCCAGCAUCUCCAAGUCUCCAAGCAGAUCAAGCAGCCCAACAUGGACUGGCUGCCUCCAAGCAUGCAACGACCUGCCCUGAAGAGCUCCCAGAGCCUGGAGGACGUGGGGGAAAUCCGCAGAGCCCUCCAGAAGGAGCACGAGAGGCUGUGCACACUGGUGACCCCUGUCUCUGAGUUCCAGAAGGCUUCAGCAGGCACCAACAGCAUCUGGACACCCCAGUACAGCUCCUUGUACCCAGGGCAUGUGCCAGCCCUGGAUUAUCAGCACAAUGUCUACAUCCCUGGCACCCCCACUCUGCUGUCCAGCAAAGAUGGGUCCCUCUUCCUGGGCCGGGAGAGCAAGAACAGCUUCUCCACCUUCGGCAAGAGGAAGAAGAUGACAACUUACUGUGACAUGUAUGACAGUGUGGUUAUCAACAACGACCUGAAAUAA